AUGCUUGCAGCGCAUUGCCCUUGCAUGCUAGAAGCGUCCGAGAUGCAUUGUCAGGAGUUGCCUUGCGCACAAGUGCAACGCGCAGUUCAGGCACCUCUCAGAGCAUUUCACCAAGGCUUGGCCGGGCAGCUGGCAGAGUUGUCGCAGAGCCCGGUGAAAAUUGCAGGGCAGAUCACCUUGGCGUGCUGGCAGAACUGUGAAUGUGUUGCCAGAUUUUCCAUCUCGUGCGCGGGGGGCGUGUGUCUUCUCGCACGUGUUGUGGUUGCAUGUGGCUUGCAUGUGUCCAAGACAUGCUGCAAGGAAUUGUCCUAG